AUUCAACGUGUGUGUGUGUGUGUGUAUGUGUGUGUGUGUACUCUUAGUGUUUGCCGCUGAUGUCCCUUCCUCCUCUGCAGUUGUUCCUCCCACCCUCGCUGCUUCGUGUCUAAGCCUUGCUCAACACAUGCAUUAUUUAUGAGGCCUCGCUCAGCUUUGCCCUCAGCCGCCGCCCUGCUUCUCUGCUCUGACUCAUGUGUCCGUGAACUUGGAGAGUGUGUGGCCUGAGUGGAGCGCAGUAGUAGAGUGAUGAGGUGCGGUGUUGGUGUACUGGUGUGCUCGCGUGGCGGAGCGCCAAGGUCCCCACGCCGACGGCACGCGCCCAAGUCGCGAGCCCAGCCACGCGCCGGCGCUCCUUGCCAGCUGUAGCCAACGCAGCGACUUACGCCUAUUUUAACCGUCAGUGGUUCAUUACUUCCCUACGUGCAUUUGUCACUCAUUUGGAGAAAAUGUUUACUUUUUAAUCACCGAGUUCUUUCCGAACUGUACUUAAGUACACCGCGUGUACUGGCAGGACUAAAGGUCCUUGCGAGCGUCAGGGUAGGCGAUCACCUGGCGGUGGAGGCGUGGCCUAGCCCGCCGAGGUUACAAAUAGAGGGGCUACGAAUUUUAAGAUAGUUAGUAGAGGUCCACCGUUCGUGCCGCACGCGCCAGUCCUGCAGGAUGUCGGCCACCACCACACAGCGCCUGGUGCCCAUCAGGCCGUCCCCACACAAGGGUGUUACUGUCACCAAGGGCGUGACAGUUAUCACCACCACAACUUCUCCUGCCACGCUGACGCCGCCCAAGACGGGAGUCAAAAGGAAAUUAUCUGAAUCGAGCCCCGACCCUGUGAAGUGUAAGAGACGCAUCAACUUUGGCGUCGGAUACGUUAUGUCGCCAGCGCCCGUGGCAGUGGCGCGGCGGAACGCACGAGAGAGGAACCGCGUGAAGCAAGUCAACAACGGAUUUGCCACCCUCCGUCAGCACAUUCCCGGCGCCGCUAAGGCCAAGAAGAUAAGUAAAGUGGAGACGCUGAAGCAGGCGGUGGACUACAUUCGUUCCCUGCAGGAGCUCCUGGAGGACCACGACGCCAUCAUGCUGAACACCAACAACCUCCUUAACACCUCCCAGGCCGCCUCCUCACCCAGGACGACCUCGCACCCAUACACCAACGCCGUGGCGCCCACCACAGUACUUUCCCAGACUCAAUACCGAGUCUUACAGUACCCUAGUUACUACUACAGCGAGAACGUGUCUCCGAUGGCUGCGUCAGUGUACCCGAUGAGUGCGGCCUCUGUGUCCCCGAACUGCAGCGAUGCUGCCUCCUCCCCGACGCCCUCCUUUGACUCUACCCUCUCUGUACCGGAGGCGGGGACGCCGACGGUGACCAACGUGACGAGUGUGUUCUCUCCUGUGAUCAACUCCACCACCACUACCACCACCACCCUUCCAGACCCCCUCGAUUCCCUGGAAACUUACGACCCUGCCAACACUCCCGAGGACGAGGAGCUGCUCGACGCCAUCGCACUCUGGCAACAGUGCCAGUAGCAGAUUCUGCAAGUGGAGAAAUCUAGUCAUGCUUUUCCAUUACCAUGUCCUACUGGUCAGCUCGCUCGCUCCCGCUCCGUCUGUAUCAACCUCACGACCAUGAGCACCCCGCCCCACACACCCCGGCGCCACCCCGCACGGGCCUUCACGCUCAAGCUCUUCCUAAGCUCAUCUCCUGGCUGCUGUUCUAUCGGUCUCCGCUGAACGCGAGUCUACUAGAGGGAAGGAGGUGCUGUCCCACUGCUCCUCCCUGUGAGUGCUCCACGUGACUGCUUUGAUGUUCCUGCUGUACCCAUCACGCCUGGAAGUCCCUGCCCUUCACCAAGCUCUCCGUCAGCCAGAUAAUGCUCCGAGAUACCACCAGCCCUCCGCCGUCUCUGAAGGAGGAAGAGGGGCUCCCACUUUCUAAUGCUAAUAAUAACCGAACCAAGCGGCUACAACUCGAGACGCAGAGCUGCACGAGAAAGCCUCACGAAGCCCUCGAGGACGCGAGAACAAUGUGCACGAUGAACGAGGAGCUGAAGAGCAGAAGAAAACAAACAAAGGAACAAACUACUCGAUCAACAAGGCCUCGGAGAACAAAAGGAAAACAAGAGGAAAGACAGAGGCCCGGCCGGAGUCUGCCUCCCGUGGUGUUUGUGCGGAUGGAUGUACACACACACACACACACACACACACACACACACACACACACACACACACACAAAUACAAAGACUGACACACACACACACACACACACACACACACACACACACACACACACACACACACACACACACACACACACACACACACACACACACACACACACACACACACACACACACACACACAGCCACACACACAAAGACACACACACACACACACACACACACACACACACACACACACACACACACACACACACACACACACACAAAGACACACACACACACACACACACACACACACACACACACACACACACACACACACACACACACACACACACACACACACACACACACACACACACACACACACACACACACACACACACACACACACACACACACACACACACACACACACACACACAAA